AAAAACACCCUACUUGUGCAAGCUGCCCCACUGGACGCACACACUUGUCAAUAUCUACUUCAACACUGCUAUUGUUUUACUGUGUACUAAAUUAAGGUUCGUGUGAAACAUGUCGGCGUGUGAUCCGACGUUCACUUCGACGGUGAUAGACAGUUACGGAGACGUGGUUGGGACCACGUUCGCUCAAGCACUCACUAGUUUCCUCGCAGCGCAGUGUGCUCUUGUUGGAGAUCAUCUGUGGCCAGAGGAUGCUAUUAACUCUGUUGUCGAUGGUAGUAGCUAUGAUUUUGUGGUGGUCGGAGCAGGAUCAGCCGGUUCAGUCUUGGCAAACCGUUUAAGUGAAGUCCCAGAAUGGAAAGUAUUACUAGUGGAAGCUGGAGGAAACCCUACCGUGAACACUGAGAUACCACAAGUCUUUUAUAACAACUUGGGCAGUAAAGAAGACUGGGGUUACCGCCCAGAACCGCAAUCUGGCGCUUGUCUCAGUUAUGAAACUAAAACAUGCGCCUGGCCUAGUGGGAAGACACUCGGUGGCUCCGCUAGUAUUAAUGCUAUGUUCUAUGUCAGAGGAAACCACAUAGACUUCGAUGGUUGGGCAGAAGACGGUAACAACGGUUGGAGUUACGAAGAUGUUCUUCCUUACUUUAAAAAAAGUGAAAAUUUUGUAGCAGAUAUCUCAGAAAAUGAUAGAUAUCAUGGCACUAAAGGUGAAUUAUAUACCACAAAAGAUAAAAACUUAAAGCCUUUUGAAGAGGUGGUUCUUAAAGCAUACCCAGAGUUAGGAGUACAAAAUUUAGACGAUAUAAACGGAGAAAAUCAAAUGGGCGUAACACAAAGCCAAAUUACUGUUUACAACAAAACAAGAAUGAGUACCGCUAGAGCGUUCCUUUCGCCAAUCCGGAAUAGAAACAAUUUGCAUGUUAUCAAAAAUACACUGGCUACGAAAAUUAUAUUUAAAGAGAACAGUAAUGCCGUUAGUGGAAUUAUGCUAAACAACAACGGCAAAGAAUUUAUGGUUAAUGUGAACAAAGAGUUGAUAUUGUCAGCGGGAGCAAUUAAUUCACCGCACCUUUUAAUGUUGUCCGGUAUUGGACCUCAAGAACACCUACUUGAACAAAAUAUUACUGUCAAAAUGGAUUUAGCGGUUGGAGAAAAUCUACAAGAUCAUGUCUUCGUGCCAUUAUUGUAUACAGCCCCUGCCAAAGAAUCUGACGAUAUUACUAUGAGCUUAGUCGUAAACAACUUUUUCGAUUACAUGGUUAAUAAAGAAGGAAUACUUUGUGACACCAGUCCGCAUAGAAUAAUUGCAUUCGUCAAUACCACUGAUUCAACUGGUACGAGUCCUGACUUACAAUUUCAUCACGUUAUUUUUACACCUAAAAUUCACAUUUUACUAGACUUUUUUGAGAAACACGGACUAAAUAAUGAUAUUAUAGAACAAUUCCAUGAAAUUAACAACAAUAAGUUCGCUAUGUUAAUCUACAAUACUUUAUUGAAACCAAAAUCACGAGGAAAAGUAUUACUGCAAAGCAAUAACCCAUUUGAUCGUCCAUUGAUAUACGCCAACUAUUUCAAUGAUAAUGAAGACAUGAAGACGUUAAUAAGGGGUAUGAGGAAAUUUACUUUGAAAUUAGGCGAAACAGACGCCUUCAAACAAGUAGGGUUAGAAUUAGAAUGGUUUCAAAUACCAACCUGUGAUAAACUUGAUAAAACAAGUGACGAAUUUUUGGAGUGCAUUUCGAGACACUUAACUUUUUCAUUGUAUCACCCAUCGGGCACCGUAAAAAUGGGACCAGAAGACGAUCCUAGCGCAGUAGUGACUCCUGAGUUAAAAGUUCGAAAUAUUGAAAAUUUGAGAGUAAUUGACGCUAGUGUUAUGCCUUCCAUUGUAAGAGGUAAUACUAACGCAGCGACAAUCAUGAUUGGAGAAAAAGGUGCAGAACUAAUCAAACAAUCCCACAUAAAUACAACAGAAUAACAACUUUAAAAAAAAUCGAGUUAAUUCCCUGUACAUUCUUAGGAUACAUCCAAAUUUCCAUGAAGGCAUUAAAUGCUGUCUAAGGUUUUGUAAAACCACCUCAAAAAUACUUUAAUUGUAGCCCUCUAAAACCUCUUCGAGAGCACGAUGUUUUAGGGACCACAGUGGAUCAUAAUGUUUCGGACUUCAGCUGUUAAAUAACAUUUUGCUUCAUAUCGCCUGCACUCAGCAUUAAUUUGCAUUAAUGAUCUAUAAAACAUGGUGGCAUGUUCAUGUUUGAAUGAAUAAAAAAUUCUCUACGCUACGAUUGUGACGGGCAGGACAGAGUGCAAACGUCCCAGAGAACGAAGUCCCACAAAAUGGCCGAACCAAAUCAGAUCCUGUCUGGAUAUCAAGCUGCACGAUGCCCUUCACAAGGCCAAGGAUCGCAGCAGAUGGAGAACAAUUAUACAUGAAAGAAUAAUGCAGUGGAGGAGUCACGAUCCUCAGUAAUAAGGAGAGCGACGCAAAGAAGACGAGGACGUUAUUUAUAAUAAACACAGGUUUUACAAGGACUAAAAUAGCUAUUGUGAUUAAAUCUUUAAUAGAAUACCAAUGUACUACAAUGGAAUUUAAAUAGAUUAAAAGAAGAAAAACUAAAAAAUAUCGUUAAAAAGUUUA